UUCUGAUUUUAGAUUUUACACACCGGAAGUUUUGUAUAUUGUCAAGGUCAUGCAGAAUGCAGCAGCCGACUAAAUCCUUAUAAGAGUUUGAGGGCAAAACAGUAGAGGUUAAAUUGGGUACAAUGAGGAACUUCCACACCAUUCUGAAAUCCUUUCAGAGGGUCUCAAAGAAAGGAUUAGUGAUUGGUGGAGGGGUUUGUGUGAUAGCCUAUGUCUACCCUAAACUUAAACAACAAAAUCAGGUUGCAGUGGUUUCUGCAGCCACCAUGGAUACUGACAAAAAAUAUGCAUGGUCACCACUGCCAACACGAGAGGAUAUGCUGAAGUCACUAGAGACAGAACAUUAUGAUGUACUUGUGAUAGGGGGAGGGGCUACAGGGGCGGGUGUGGCUUUGGAUGCUACAAGUCGAGGUUUGAAAACAGCAAUGGUAGAAAAAUAUGACUUUUCAAGUGGAACUAGUAGUAGAAGUACCAAAUUAAUACAUGGUGGAGUACGAUAUUUACAGAAAGCUGUAUUUAAUUUAGAUUUAGAACAGUAUAGAAUGGUUAAAGAGGCUCUGACAGAGAGAGCCAAUCUUAUAGAGAUUGCUCCACAUCUAGCUUAUCCUUUUCCAAUUAUGUUACCUAUAUAUAAGUACUGGCAAAUUCCAUAUUUUUGGGCUGGUAUAAAGAUGUAUGAUUUUGUAGCCGGGAAACAAAAACUUAAGUCAAGUUACUACCUCUCAAAGAAAAAGGCAUUAGAAAAAUUUCCUAUGUUAAAGAAAGAGGCACUUAAAGGAGCAUUAGUUUAUUAUGAUGGACAACAUGACGAUGCUAGAAUGAACAUAGCUAUAGCUAUAUCUACUGCCAGGAUGGGAGGAUCUGUCGCUAAUUAUAUAGAGGUUCUAGAAUUACAUAAGUCAAAAGAUGAAAAUGGAAAGGAAGUGGUGUCAGGGGCUAGAGUGAAAGACAGAAUUACAGAUAAAGAGUUCAACAUUAAAGCCAAAUGUAUAAUCAACGCAACAGGACCCUACACAGACCACAUACGACUGAUGGGGAACAAAGAUGACAAAAAAAUCUGUCAACCAAGUCAAGGUGUACAUAUUGUACUACCAGAUUAUUAUAGUCCAGAAGAUAUGGGCUUACUGGAUCCUGAUACCAGUGAUGGACGAGUGAUAUUUUUUCUUCCUUGGCAAAAAGUGACAUUAGCAGGAACAACUGAUGUUGCUUGUGAAGUGACAGACAAACCUUCUCCAUCAGAAAAUGAGAUCCAGUUUAUAUUAUCAGAAGUUAGAAAUUAUCUACAUCAGGAUGUGGAUGUAAGAAGAGGUGAUGUGCUGUCAGCUUGGUGCGGAAUCAGACCUCUAGUUAUGGACCCCAACAAGUCAGAUACUCAAUCUAUAGCUCGCAAUCAUAUCAUAGAAAUCUCAGAAAACAAUUUAAUAACUAUAGCAGGUGGUAAAUGGACAACCUACAGACACAUGGCUGAAGAAACAGUCAACAAAGCAAUUGAUGUUUGCAAUCUAAAGACCACCUCAGGAUGUCGGACCAAGGGUCUAAUGUUAGAUGGUGCUCAUGGAUGGUCCCCUACAUUGUUUAUCAGAUUGGUGCAAGAUUUUGGUCUGGAGAAUGAGGUAGCAAAGCAUUUAGCCAGCACAUAUGGAGACAAAGCUUUUAAAGUUGCAAAGUUAGCUACACUGACUGGUAAACGAUGGCCAGUGUCGGGUAAAAGAUUACAUGAAGAAUUCCCAUAUUUAGAGGCUGAAGUCAGGUAUGCAGUGAGAGAGUAUGCAUGUAGGGCAGUAGAUAUUUUAGCCAGAAGAACCAGAUUAGCUUUCUGUAAUGUACAUGCUGCGGAAGAAGCCCUUCCAAGAAUCAUUGAAAUAAUGACAGAGGAAUUAAAAUGGAGUAAAUCUAGACAACAGGCAGAAAUGGAGCAUGCCAAACAAUUCUUGAGACGAGAAAUGGGAUUAGAUUUAGGUGCUGGUACGUCAAGUGUUCCUAUCAACUUUACUAAGGAUGAAAUCAAUAUGUAUGUAAAGAGAUUCAAAUCACUGGACUAUGAAAACAAAGGUUUUAUAACUGUUAAUGAUCUCAGGAGAUACUUUAAGAAAAUUGGUGAGCGUGUAACAGAAGAUCAGCUGCAUGAUAUCCUUAAUGAGGUGGAUCUCAACAAAAAUGCUCAAGUAGAUAUAGGAGAAUUUCUCCAGUUAAUGAGUGCUUUGAAAAGUGGUAAUGUCUCUAAUUCACGAUUUGCUAAGGCUGUUUUGAAGAGUUCCGAGUUGGACCGUAUUCCUGUGGAGAGAAGUGGAGGAGGAGUGUAGUCAACAUAAUAAUUUAAAGAUCUGUCCUUGACCUUGUAGUUGUAUUAUUGUCAUCUUAUUUAUUAUUUGUUAUCAGUGUUAUGUCACAUAGAAAAAGUACACAAUAAUCUAUAGAUAUGUGAAAAAAAAGACCUUCUGUUAAUCUGGGCACAUACCCAAUAAAUGAAAUCAAGUUAGACUUUAAAAAAAUAUACAAUAUUUUAAAACUUUAUUUAUGUUGCUUUUGCCAUUCUUCAUGUUCUUAUAUCAAUACAGUUUGAUGAAAAAAUAGUUUUUUCAAAGAAUAAAUUAUUUAAUAGUGUGCCAAGCCAAAAGGACAUGAGUUUUAUAUCAAACUCUAUUUUCACUACUGAACUUUGCCUAAAAUGCAUGAAAUUUAGUACUCUUUAAAUUAUAAUAAAUCUACGAUGUUGUUUGUUCUUAUUGCUUUUGAAAUAUAUGUACUGUAUAUGUAUUUUAAAACAAAUUUUGAUGUAGGUAUAUUUGUUAUGCUUGAAUAGAUGCACUGGAAUGAAAAUGCAGUUUAAAAUCCAUUUAAUAAAUCACCAGAAAAUGCAACUGUGUAUGCAUGAUGCCUCAGUUGGGCUAAAAAACUUGUAAAACAUUAACAAAAACCACUGAAUGGUAUAUAAAACCAAUAAACAGAUCACAGAAAUAAUUCCUGAUCUUUUUAAUUUUAGCAUCAGUGCCAUCACCGAUGACUCUUUUAUAACAUGUAUAAGCUCCAACACACAUCUGGAGUAAAAAAAAUUAUCAGCCUUUGAGCAUCACCAAUGACUCUUCUAUCGAGUUAACACUCAUCUACAGUACACAAGUAUGAGCCUAAUAUUAUUGGUGAGUUUUGCUUAAAAUAAAAAAAAUGGAACUGGAAGGAGAAUAUUUUUUUUUAUUAAUUUUAUCUUUUGUUUAUUAUUGAAUGUGUUAAUGAUUUAUUUUUAUGUGAAUAAACAAGGUGAAAUGCAUAAAAUCUAUACUUAUAUAUAUAUAUACUGUAGAGUAUAUUUCAUGUCUUUUUUUUUCUUUUUUUUUGCCAUUAAAUAAGGGUCUUUCCAAUACGAAAUAUUUUGUCUGUUUGUUCUUCCAUCUGUCUUAGCUUAACUAAUAAGUGUAAGCCUUAUUUUUGUUUAUAUAUAGGUAAACAUAGAUUUAAAUAUUCUAGCAAUUUUUGUGAAUGUAUUUACUAUUUAGAAUCUUGGCUGUUUGAAUUUUACUCCCAACACACACAUUAAUCUACUAAUAAUUUUUUGGCCCUGAGUUUCAAAAUAAAUAGAUUUCCAUGACACAAGUAUAUAUUGAUAGGGAAUUAAAAAAGCAAAUAAAAUAUAGAAGUGAAUGUGCUUGUUUUUGAGAUAUUAGCCAUUGAAAUUUUGGGGGGAAAAUGUUCUCUCUCGAUUCUACAUGUUCUACAUGGCUUUAUUAUAGACCAGUUAAAGUUCUUAAAAAGUAUUAAAAAAUUAAUAAGAUUUUAUAAGACUUUUACAAAUGGCUAAUAAUUAAACAUGUAAAAGGUUUAUAAAAAGAAAAAUGAGGGUUCAUGGGCAAAUUUUUUUUAAGGCAUUCAAAUGGAUAAAACCAGAGGAUUUCGAAAAUCUGACAAAAAGUCCAAAACAUGACAAGCAGACAUCCUUAAGACGUGAUACUAGACAACAAUAAGAGAGUAUGAAGUUAUACUGAUUUUAUGGAUUAGUGACCAAUGUUAAGGUUUUCUUGUUGGGUCUUUUACUCAGAUUCUGUUAUUAAUAUGUUGACUCUUUUAGUGAGUGGAAUGUGUGUAAUGUGUCUGUAUUGGCAGGUUUCUUAUGAAGUGAACCUCAUUUUCAUUAAUCCUCAAUAAUGUUAUGUCUAUGUUAUACCUUAACCAGUAAAGAUCUUUUAAAACACAAAAUUCAAAUACAGUCAUUAAUGCUGACAAAACAUUUCAGUUUUUUCACUCUUGUUAAUUUUGAUGAGUAAUGUAAUCUCAGUACUAUAAGAGUUUGAAUACAUAAAUGAUCAUUGUGUGUGUGUGUGUGCAGAGUUAUAUUUUUUUCUCUUUUACUUUAUGUGUUUAUGAGAGUAUUCUGCAUAAUGUUAUUGUCUGUUCUUCAUUUAACAAAAAACUUACAAACCAUUUAUUGAGACCAGUAUAACUGACCUACCAUAUGUUCCAUUGUUUUUGUGUGAGCCAAUUUUAAAUUAUUAAGGAUACAUUGUAUUAUCAUGCUUUGAGCAAAUUAUGUAUACAAGCCUAUAAGAAAUUUGUUUUUUAUAACAUGUUUAAUUUGAUUGUUCAUCUUUUACUCACAAAUCCUCAGAAAUGUUAUUUCAAUAAUGAACCAACAUUUAGGAAAGAUUUAUAUUUAUGUUAAAACUUCAUGUGCAUUGUGGGGACCUCAGUGGUCAAGUGGUCUGAGUAGUCGAACUACUGUUUCACUAGUCUGUCAACACUCAGGUUGUGAGUUUGAAUCCUGUACUUCCUUCCUCCACCAAAAAAAUCCUAACAGCAUCAGCAUAGCAACAACAGUAGUGUGGAAAGUGGCGUUAAACACCUAUCUAUAAAAUCAAAUCAAAUAUUUAGUUUUGUAAUUUCAGAAACUGCAUCUUCGUAUUAAAUUCUUAAGGUAUCAUAAAUUUUCAGCAAAACACAGUGUUUUCUUUUAACUAUAUCUAUGUGUCAAGAGAAUCUAUGUCAUGCACAUGCUUAAACAUUUAGAACUUCAACACUUCAACUCAUAACUUAGACCAUUAUUAUAUACUGUAAGAUAUUAAUCAAAUGUUGGAUAAUGUGAACUGUUGGUUGGUUUGAAAGAACACAUCUUUUUCCUAAACUGAUCAUACUAUCUUUAUAAAAUGACUACAAACUUUAAAUGAUAUCCAUCAUAUUUGUUAUUUAUGAUAUGUUGAUGUAGUUUACUGUUCUUUUUAUACACACAUUUUAUGUUAAUAAAUUAUUAUUUUAGUAGACAA